AUGCCCCAACCGCCCUACUUAAAUGGGCAUCUCCAUUCAUCUCCUGUCUGUCCACCUUCUCGUGCUCAUCUUCCGCAAACACAACUGAAAAGGCACAAACCGGCAGUAUCACAUAAUAAGCCUCCAUUGGAGAAUUUCACGAAUGAACAAGUUAACUAUUCUCAUUUGGUUCCAGUUUCAGCUUUGGAUGUAAUCUAUGCUCCAAUUUUCACGUUUAGUCAUUUCAACGCUGUUCAAACACGCUGCUAUGACGAAAUAAUUAAAACAGAUACUAAUGUUGUAGUUGCAGCACCAACGGGAUGCGGUAAAACUGUCAUACUUGAAUUAGCCAUUAUCAAGAUGCUCGAAGGAAAGCGCAAUCAGAUGCCAUCUACCACAGCUCGCAAUAUGAAAGCUAUCUACUUAGCACCUACUCGUGCACUCUGUUCUGAGAAAACUCGCGAUUGGCAAGCCAAGUUCAACAGUAUAAAUCUCUCAGUGAAAGAAAUCACGGGAGAUUUACCCUUUGAUGCACAGAGCAACAUAAUGGACUUCUUACAUGCAGAUAUAGUUGUUACCACACCUGAGAAAUGGGACUCUUUGACGCGUCGUUGGAACGACAGCCCUACUUUAUUCAACCAAAUUAAGCUAGUUCUUAUCGAUGAAGUGCAUCUACUCAAUGAAUUGCGUGGAAGCACACUUGAGGUGCUCGUUUCACGCAUGAGACUUUUGCCCAUUUUUGAUAGUAUUCGUUACAUUGCUGUCAGCGCUACUGCUCCAAACGCCGGCGACAUUGGAGAAUGGCUCGACUCGACAAAGAAGGCGAAAGUUUUUGAAUUCGACGAGUCCUAUCGUCCAGUACAGGUUGAACGGCAUGUGUAUUCUUACAAGCGCAAUGUUUCUAACGACUUCGCUUUUGAUUCUAUGCUCAACUUCAAGCUUUAUGACAUCUUAGCUAAGCACAUGGAGGGUAAACCCGCCUUGAUAUUCUGUCCUACUCGCAAAUCCGCCUUGAAGGCUGCUGAAACUAUAACAAAUAACUUGAAGGUUAUCAUAAAUAGACGAGGAAACGUUCCCUGGCAGAGGCCAAAUAUCAAUACAUCUUUCAGAAAUACUUCUCUAAGCAGGAUUGUCGACUAUGGCGUUGCCAUACAUCAUGCAGGAAUGGAUCUAGAUGAUCGUAAAUCUGUUGAAAUGCUCUUUCUUCAAGGCGUGAUCAGGGUGGUCGUUUCAACGACUACUCUCGCUCAAGGCGUUAACUUGCCUUGCCACACUAUAGUCAUCAAGGGAACUAGAUUUUACAGUUGUGGUGGAUGGAAAGAGCUUUCAGAGUUGGAUGUCUUACAGAUGAUCGGCCGAGCCGGCAGACCUCAACAUGACACUAGUGGAAAGGCUAUUAUCAUGACUGAGAAAUCCAAUUAUGACCACUAUAAGAGCCUUGUCAGUGGUGAAACAGCGCUCGAAUCAUCUUUACAUCUCAACUUAUGCGAGCAUCUGAACGCAGAGAUUAAUUUAGGGACUAUCAAGAGCAACAAUGGCGCAAUUGAGUGGCUGAGGAAAACUUUCCUAUAUAUUCGCAUACAGAAGAAUCCAGCACAUUACGUAUCUGCUUUGAAUGAGAAGACUGCAUCUGUAGAUACAAGCUGGGAAAGAAGACUCGAGGAAAUUGUCGAAACUGCUUUAUUUGAAUUAGGUGAACGUGGUCUUAUUAAGCUCGAAGCAAACGGCCAGUUAAAAAGCACUGGUCUCGGUAACAUCAUGUCGAAAGCUUUCAUCAGCUUUAAGACAUUCGAAAAGCUUUUGGAUAUGCCAAUGAGAGCCAAUAUUCAGACGCUGUUGGAAAUCCUUUGUUCGGCAGAAGAAAUGAAAGAUGUAACGCUAAGAGCAGGAGAGAAGAAGGUAAGUAUCGAAUAUCUGCUAAGCCAUCUGACAUAA